UAUGCUUCAAAGAUGCAUGCAAUUAGCAAAAAUUGCCCAAUUUUCAUAGGUUGUGAAGUCUUACACUAGUUUAGCAUAACAUAAAUGGUUAGAUUAUGAUGAAACUCAUAAAGUAUUAUGAAUAAUAUCAAGAAAUCACUCCAAACUCAUAAAAGCAGAGCUGAAGAAUUUAUUCAUAAAAUUCCAAUAAUUGAAGUAGAUUCAGAUGUUGUCAGAUGUUUAGUAAUUCAACAAUAUAUAUUAUUAAGGGUGGCACCCAUAUUAAUGCAGGACAUCCUUAAGUUUAUAUCAAAUUAGACACAAGAACUGAAGGAACACCUUAAACUUGCAAAUAUUGUGGAUUAUAAUAUGUUAAAAAAGGACAUGGAUCACAUCAUCAUUGAGC